AUGAAACAGGAAUUUAAAGAUUUAAUUGAAGUAUUAAUUUUACAAUUAUUUCCUGGUUUAAAUAAAGAUACUACUAGACAAUUUAAAUAUGUUAAAAAUAUGACAAAAUAUAAUGAAUUUAUGAUUGCUGUUAUUGAAAAAGUCACUACUACUUUGAAAUUAAAAAUAUGGUAA